GACGACAUCGUUCAUCCACGCCAACUUUUCCGAGGAUUUUACCAGGCCCUCUGACGAGGAAAACGAGGCAAAGAGGGGCUGGUCACCAGGCUAUGCUCGGCGCGUCUAUCAUGGACUUCACAGAGCUCUACAAGCACACGUCCUCGCUCGUUGCGUUCAGCCCCGGCGCGCACUUCAUCAUCACGGGCGUGCAGGACAGACUCGUCGUCCGACGCGCAGACUCGUUUCAGAUCACCCGCAACUGGCAGAUAGACGCGUCGCCCUCACCAACCGAGGUUGCCCUCGCGCCGAAAGCGGGCGCGUCGUCGGCGAAAGCCAAAACCAAUACUCCUGGCAAGGACCCUUCACACUGGAUCACGCACGUUGCCUGGUCCUGCGAUUCUGAAUUCGUACUUGCUGCCUGUGCAAAGGCGGGCGUCGUGCACGUCUUCAAGCUGCGUGAUGAGGAUUGGUCCGCCAGGAUAGACGCGGGCGCCGAAGGUCUCGUCAAGGCCGAGUGGGCGCCAGAUGGCCGCAAUAUUCUUUGUUUCUCGGACUGGAAUCUCAGAGUAACCAUUUGGUCUUUGGUGACGGGAUCGUCAAUUUACAUCCAGUACCCCCUUCAUCCUGAAAAAGGUUACGCCUUCCGCCGAGACGGCAGAUAUCUCGCCCUUGUCGAGCGACUGAAGUCUAAGGAUACGCUAGGCCUCUACGAUGCCUCUAACGCCUUCAAGUUGGUCCGUCACUUCCCCUUGCCCACCUCCUCCUUGUCGCUUAUGGCCCUAUCCCCACGGGGAACGCAUGUAGCCAUCUGUGAAGGGCCGCUCGAGUACAAGCUCUACAUCGUCUCGGUUGCCACAGGCGCGACACUUGCAACGUUCACGCCGGAUACGGAUCCGGGCUUAGGAAUCCGUCACAUAAAAUGGCACCCAGACGGCUCUUUUCUUCUGGUUGGGGGCUGGGACGACCGAAUACACAUCCUCGACGGUCUCAGCUUUUCGCCCAUUGCGGCCCUCGACCUCUCCACCAGGAUCCCAUCUUCCGUCGCAAUAUGGCGCGAGCCCUCGAGGUGGCUAGAGGCGACGGAGGGACGUGGGUUCCUGGCGUAUGAGCGCGUCCAUAGCGCGCAAUCUCUAUCUGUGGCGCGGCCUGAUCAUGCGAAGCCUCCGCCCAAGAGCGGGCCUGUGCAGAUCGAGUUCAACCAGAAUGGAUCGCUGUUGCUGCUACGAUUCGAAAACGUGCCGAACGUGAUUUUCAUCUACGACUUUCCCUCGGACGGCGCGCCGCUCCUGCAGCCGAAGCUGCAGACCGUUAUCAUGAACAGCAAGCCCAUCCUACACGCGCGGUGGAAUCCCAUCCGUGCGGGCCGGCUCGCUUUCUGCACGGGCGAGCGCAGCAUCUAUCACUGGAGCGACGAAUGGGUGGGCGACGAUGCGCAGGCCGACUCGGAGGGAAUGACCGAAUGUGUCGGGGUGCCAGCGCAGAAAUUUGAGACGCGCAACUUGUAUUGGGCGCCUGAUGGGAAAGGGCUUGUGUUACUUGAUAAGGACACGUUCUGCUGUGCGUUUGAGGUUGAGGAAGAGAAUGCUUGAUGACGCUGUGGUCCCUGUGCAUUGUAUACUUUUUGUCAUCUCGCUGGUAUAUGCUCUUUGUGUCGUCGUUGUUUUUGAUAGACGUGUCAAGCCGUGGCCGUGAGGGCUCGCGACCCAUCGUCCUUUGCUUGUAAAUCACCUCCGUAUCAGAGCUCGUUAAACUUGCGA